AUGUCGAUUGACAAGUCUGGUUUAGUUAAAUACCCAUCUGAUUUAUCAGUAAGAUGGCUCACGUACGCCAAUGAUACUGCGGGUCUUUUGGACUUUGAACAUAAAUUUUUCAAUCGGCACUAUUUGAACAUUCGCAAAGGAUUUUACAAUCCCGACUUGUUCCUAGUAUCCGACGGAGCAAACUGCCGCAUAUUCCCAGGCCAGGAGAAGACGAAAUCGUACCUGCGAAUUAACCCGAGAUCACAAGUACUCGUUAAAAUUUCGCAGGAAGACGGAAAGACGUUCGUGUCCUCACCAGAUCGGUCAGUUUUUGAAAACAACAACGAAGUGCUGAGACUGAUAAGCGAGAAGGCGCACAAAAAGGUGUUCGGCCACUUUAAGCCCUCAGCAGGUCUCCCAAUUGCACUGAAUGAAGGUGACGAGAUACGGCUGGGCCGCGUAAAGCUGGUGGUACGCCACCUGGCAUACAAUUCGAGCCUGCCGUUGUCAUACUUGCACGACCUCAUCAAUGAGCCUGCAGAAGUCAGUGGGCCGCAACUCAUCUCCGUUGCCACGAAUGCAACCACCAACGUGGACACUGAAACCGUAAAUGAAUCUCUAAAUUCCACACCGACGAACACUGGGACUGCGAAUACGGAGUCAAUAGUCAGCGAGAGCGUGUCCGUGACGCCCGGCAGAUCUCCUGUUUCUAAGACGAAGUUCGCGAUGCCCAACGAUUCCUCUACAGAUAAGACCAAGGGCGACCUUGAAAAGGACGAUGACGGAGCCACAGUGUGUGACCUAUCAACGAGUAGAACUAGUGUGACUGUCGAGAACCUCAUUCAAAUGACUGAGAACCUCGAUAACACGUGCCGAAUAUGUUUGUGCAACGACGACACCAGCGGGCCGCUGAUCACGCCUUGCAACUGCAAGGGCUCGCUGACCUACGUGCACCUGAGUUGCAUAAGAUCCUGGAUCAAGGGCAGGUUGAACUGCUCCACGGAGGGAAUGCCGAACAAAAGCUACUUCUGGCAGAAGCUGACGUGCGAGCUGUGCGGCACAAUGUACCCGAACAAGAUAUGCAUCGACAACAAGGAACACGACUUCGUGGACAUUGAGCAGCCGCAGCCGCCGUACCUGGUCCUGGAGCCGGAAAACAUGAACGACAAGGGCUACUUCAUAGUCUCCCUGUCGAACAACUCAGCCAUCAUAGGCAGGGGGCACGACUCGGACAUCAGACUCACGGACAUUUCAGUGAGCAGAGUCCACUCGGUGCUCUACUUCGACAACAACCACUUCAUCAUCCAGGACAGACGCUCGAAGUUCGGCACGCUGAUCAACAGCAACAAGGACUCGGGGUUCAAGGUGCAACUGUCGCCGACCAACCCCGUGCUGCUCAAGAUAGGAAACGGCCUGCUGUCGAUCAGCGUCAAGAAGCCGUUCAGGCCCUUCUUCUGCUUCGGCUCGUGCCCAACUCAAACCACAUUUUCACUAUAA